AUGGAGAACAACACGACGAUCUUCCGAGACGUCCCUCAGGUUUUAAAUCUGACAGAAAUGCCUCGGAACCCUCUCGAGGAGCAGGUCAUAACCAUAUUUUUGACAAUGCUCAUCUGUGGAGUUGGGAUUGCUGGGAACAUCAUGGUGGUGCUGGUCGUGCUGCGCACCAAGCACAUGGUGACCCCGACCAACUGUUACCUCGUCAGUCUGGCUGUGGCAGACCUCAUCGUGCUCCUGGCCGCGGGGCUUCCGAAUAUCUCCGACGCCAUCUCCUUCUGGAUAUACGGCUACACGGGAUGCUUGUGUAUAACUUAUCUUCAGUACCUGGGCAUCAACGUGUCGUCCUGCUCCAUCACGGCGUUCACCAUCGAGCGAUACAUUGCAAUAUGUCACUCCAUAAAGGCGCAGUUCAUAUGCACCGUGUCCCGGGCCAAGAGGAUCAUAGCUGGGGUCUGGGUCUUCACCUCACUCUACUGCAUCAUGUGGUUCUUCUUAGUGGACACAGACGAAACCGUCUAUACCAACGGCGUGGUGGUCACGUGUGGCUACCGUGUCUCCAGGAGUCUCUACAUGCCGAUCUACUUCCUGGACUUCACCCUGUUCUACGGGAUCCCCCUCACUGUGGCCACCGUCCUGUACGGACUCAUCGCGAGGAUCCUGUUCAUGAGUCCUCUGCCGUCGCAUCUCACCGACAGAGAGGGAGGAGGGUCGGUGCACCAGGGUCACUCACAAAGCACCAACAAGACCAACAAGGGUGCGGUCUCCGCUCGGAAACAGAUAACGAAGAUGCUGGCUGUGGUGGUCGUCCUCUUCGCCUUGCUGUGGAUGCCUUACCGAACGCUGGUGGUGGUCAACUCCUUCAUCGACCCGCCCUACCACAACACCUGGUUCCUGCUCUUCUGCCGGAUGUGCAUCUACACCAACAGCGCCAUCAACCCCAUCAUUUACAACCUCAUGUCCCAGAAGUUUCGCGUGGCCUUCAAAAAGCUGUGCAAGUGCAACUGGCGGCACAAGGAGAAGGCGGUGGAGUACAACGUGCCGAUGUAUUACAGCGUCAUGAAGGAUUCGUCCCACGAGAGCAACGAGCCAAUCACGGAGCAGGAGGACGUGAGCGGCCAAACCCUCAAGAGGUUCAACGUGAAGGCUGACGACACAAGCACCUUCAGCGUCUCUUGAUAAAAGCUCUGGGAUAAAACUGUGUGUGAUUAAUUAUUUAUGGAUGUUUUUCUGUUUAAAGUUUAGAAAACGUGGUUAUUUCUACCUGUUAUAAAAAGUGUUGGAAUCUGUGGAUACUGUUUGUGUUUGCUGUGAUGCAAAUUGUGUUUGUGUUGUAGUUGUGGUACUUUGGCUUCAGUAUUGUAACUGUGUUCUAAGUAUUGGUAUUUUGGAUUGUUCUUCAGCUAAUUCAAACUACUAACUGAUGUAAGAUAAUGGUAAUAAAGAAUUUAGGGUUAUAUUAAGUUGAAAUACAAUAAUACCUGAUAGUGUGUUGAUUAUCAUGGAGUUUUCCGAUCGAUAUUCAUGGUUUCAGAGGUUGAAUCAAAAUCACUUUGGGGUUCCUGAAAAUAAACCAGCCCAAUUUGAUAAAGUACCCUGAUAUAACUCAUGUUAUGAUUUAGCGCUGGAUAAAAUAAAUUGUAAAUAUCAGAACAGUUCCAUCAUUUCAGCAAGUAUAGAGAUUUACUAUAAGUAACUGAAAACACUGUAUAGAGGACCUUUAAUGUACGUGUUUAAUUAGGUUAUUGAAAAGCCAGUCCAUUGAAAUCAGUUCUGAAUCCAGAGUAAUUAAUAAUUCAAAAUAAUCCACAUCCGAUUUUCAGCUCGACAGGAGCUUUUGACCAUCGAAGCUUUAAUAGCAAACAAAUUGGUUCUUAUUCAAAACAUCAGCCGAGUCCGACAAGGAGAACAAAGCUGUCGUAUUAGCAACUGGUGCAACUACUCCAACAGCAAGUGCGUGAUUAAAGGAAACAUGGUGACGCUAAUUGCUGCCAACGAGCUCGCUGUUGUGUUAAUGCUGUCGACAUGUCC